AGAGAAGAUAAACAAGAUGGAGAGAAAGAACAACGCUCAGAUAUUGAUGAUGACACAGGGAGCAGAAGUUCAACAAUUCUGGGAGCUCCUUGGUGGUUUUGAUGUUGAUUUCGUACCAACAAAUUGUGUUGAUGAAGAAUUCACACCAGAGAAGCCAAAACUGUACCAAGUCGGACUUGGAAUGGGGUACCUUGAACUUCCACAAGUUGAAUUGCCAAGAAACAAGUUGAAACAGUCCUGUUUGGAAACCAAGAAUGUAUAUAUACUUGACUGUGGAGCUGAUAUAUUUAUCUGGAUUGGUCGGAAGUCAAGUCGUCUUGUAAGGGCUGCUGCCCUGAAGCUGGCGCAGGAGUUGUGCAGCAUGAUUUCUAGGUCUGUCGUUGCCAUGGUUGUCCGUGUCCUUGAAGGGUAAGUGUUUGUUAUUCUCCUGAUUCUGCUCUCAACAAAACC